GAGAGCCCGAGCAAGAUGGAGGCCGCGCCGAGGCCGCCGCCUGGGCCCGGGAAGCCGCCGCUCGGAGCGCCGAGCCGCGGCGCCUAGGCCGUGCCAGUCCCGGACCCACUGCUCCGGACCGGGCCCAGCUCCCGCCCGGCAGCCCGGCGGUCGGUCCCGGGCCGGCGGCCCCCGCAAGCCGCCGCCGGCCCCGCCCCCGGGCACCAUGCUGCCCUCGCAGGAGGCCUCCAAGCUCUACCACGAGCACUACAUGCGGAAUUCGCGGGCCAUCGGUGUGCUAUGGGCCAUCUUCACCAUCUGCUUCGCCAUCAUCAACGUGGUGGUCUUCAUCCAGCCCUACUGGGUGGGCGACAGCGUGAGCACCCCCAAGCCUGGCUACUUCGGCCUCUUCCACUACUGUGUGGGCAGCGGGCUGGCGGGCCGCGAGCUCACCUGCCGCGGCUCGUUCACCGACUUCAGCACUAUCCCGUCCGGCGCCUUCAAGGCGGCCGCCUUCUUCGUGCUGCUCUCCAUGGUGCUGAUCCUCGGCUGCAUCACCUGCUUUGCUCUUUUCUUCUUCUGCAACACGGCCACGGUCUACAAGAUCUGCGCCUGGAUGCAGCUCUUGGCAGCUCUGUGCCUUGUGCUGGGCUGCAUGAUCUUCCCUGACGGCUGGGACGCCGAGACGAUCCGGGACAUGUGCGGGGCCAAGACCGGGAAGUACUCCCUGGGGGACUGUUCGGUGCGCUGGGCGUACAUCCUGGCCAUCAUCGGCAUCCUCAACGCCCUCAUCCUCUCCUUCCUUGCCUUCGUGCUGGGCAACCGGCAAACGGACCUGCUGCAGGAGGAGCUCAAGCAGGAGAACAAAGAUUUUGUGGGCUCUACAGUAAGCUCUGUGUUGCGGCCAGGGGGUGAUGUCUCUGGAUGGGGAGUCCUCCCCUGUCCCGUCGCUCACUCACAGGGACCCUGAAGGCCGGGAUCACAGCCCAGGAAUUGACCUGCCCUCAGCUUGUCCUGUCUCCUGCCCUCUCAUCCCUCCAUUCACGCUCUGAGGGAAGACCCCGAUCUUGGACUGACCUCACCUGCUACCUGCCUGCGAGCUCCGGGCUUUGAAGAGAGGCUGGGGCUGGGAUGCAGCCUGAGGGAGGGGAGAGGCCCUGCAGAGCCUGGGAGGGUCUGGGUCUGCACCUCCCUCAACUGACCUAAGGGAGACGGCCCCCAGUCCCUGGCCUCCUCUUCCCCUCCAGCCUGGCCAGGGCCCUGCAGAGCCUUCAGGGGAAGGAGAUGCCGUGGCCCCCCCACCAGGCUCCCUCAGUCUGGAGGGCUGCUGCCUGGCUCUAUCCUCGCCUCCUCUGGUCCCCGCCUCCUGCAGAAACUUAUCCAAGACACUGCUCCAGGGCAGCACACUGGACUCUUUCCUAUCUUUUUUGUUUGGCCGAUGAUGGUUCACAGAGCUCCAGGCACCACCGGCCUCCCUGGGGCCUCUCUGCUCCUGCUCCAGCCUGGUCCCAGCUCUCUCAAAGGAGUCUGAGCUGCACCGAGGGAGAAAGCACAGGGCCUUCUGGUCAGAUGCUGGCUGGGGCCCUGACCACGCGGACUCUGAGCCAAGACAGGCAGGCUCUGGAGGCAGCGCUUGGACUCCUCUCUUGAUGGCGCUUGGCCUCUGCAGCUGGGGCUGGAAGUAGCUCUGGGGCUGGCCUGGCCUCCUCCCUGCUCGGAUGGCUCACCAGUGACUGGACCCUUGACCCCGGCCUGUUUUGUACAGCAUAGACUUCUUGGCCCUGUUGUCAGGGUUGGGGAGAGGCGCCCAUGAGUAGGGAAUUAGGGGAUGCGUCGCCCCUCUGCCCCUUCUCGUGCUGUCCCGCCCCCCCCCCUUCUGCCAAGGGCAGAGACUGUCUUGCCUCUUUGAUACUUUUCUGCAUAACUUGAACUUGCAGGUCACCUCUGAACAGGGUACCCCCUGUCCCCAUCCCCAGGCCUCGUAACCCUCUCCCCACCUCUUCCUCCUCCCUGCCCACCUCUCGCCUUGCGGUUUGCCCAGGGUCUGCAACCUGGUGGGCACGCUUGGAGCCGAGGCAUGAGUGUGUGUGUGUGUGUGUGUGUGUGUGUGCGCGCGUGUGUGUGUGCGCGCGCGCGUGUAGGUGUGUGGGGGGCAGAUGAAGAGUCUUCUCUCCCCCUCUCCUCCCACUGUGGGGACAUCGCCCCUCCUGCAGGGAGCACAGGAAGGAGACUGCAGGUGUUUCUGACCUCCCCUCACUGCCUUGGGGACCCGGUGGUAGAGCCAUCUGGCUUGGGGCUUGGACAGCCCCUUCCAGCCCCCAUUUUGGCGGCCGGUUGGCUUCAUCUCGUGUGCCUACUUCUGUCUCCAGGUACUGGCUGCCUGGCCUAUUGUGGAGGGGGGGCAUGAGGCCCCUGCAGGCUCAGUGGGGAAGCGUGUGGUCUCCAUGUCAUGUCGGCCUCAGCCCGAGGGAGGAAAGCAGCGAGUGCCAUGUAUUUGCAGCCUUGUGUUCAUUUCCAUAGGACCUGGACCUGACAGAGUUUCCAAGACAGACCCUAGAAAUCCUCUGCCUGAGUCCCCCAUCUGGACCCUAACUGGAGUCACAUGCUGGGGCCUGGGAGGGUUCCUGAAACCUGGAACUUACUAAGUCCUGCCCCCCGCCCUCUCUACUCCCUCCUCCUGGGCAGAUACCUGCCCCUUGUGCUCUGGUCCCUGCACUGUGCUCCCCUCUCCCCUGCUCCCACCAGGGUCCCGUGCUGAGUGGGAAGGUGAGGGGAGCCUCGUGAAGGUGGGGAGUGGGGUGGCAGAAGUGAGUUCCUCCAAGAUCCAAACCAAAGCCCAAUGUUGGAGGGCAUCAGGCGGAGGGACCAGGAGCAAGGGAUUAGAAAUGGGAGGAAGGUGACUUCCCUGGCGGGCCAGUGGUUAAGACUCCGCGCUUCCAAUGCAGGGGGUGCGGGUUCCAUCCCUGGUCAGGGAACUAAGAUACCACAUGCCACGUGGUGCGGCCAUAAAAAAAAAAAAGAAAUGGGGAGAAGACAGAUGGGAGAAAGAGAAGAAGGAGGUGCAGAGACAGGGAGAGAAGGAGGGAGGGAGACCGAGCGAUGGGGGGUGGGGUGGAUUUAGAGGGUACAGAAGUGGAGAAAGUGAUCAGAGAGGGAGGCGUGAUGGAUAGAGAACCUGGAGGUGGGAGGGGAGGUGGCCAGAGACGAGGAAGGAACAGGGAUGGGAAGGAGGCAAAGGGAGAGGUGAGCUGUUGGAGGCCAGGUGCAGGGGGAGAAAGGAAGGGGAAGGAGAGGAGGAUAGAGGGGACAGGACUCGGAGGAAAGGGGAGCAGCUGCUGCGUGCCCACUGUGCGAGGGGAGAGCCUACCGCCCACGGGGGCCGCAGACCCCUGUGGGCUGCUGGUGGGAAGGUUAGGACCUACCUCCUCAGAGGUGGAGGCGGGGCCCAGGCAGCCAUGCCCCACCCCAUUGGGGUAGAGGCGCCACAUCAAGGGAACCGUCUAGGUGACUGCUGAGCAGGUUCGCGCCACUGGAGUGGGUUAGUGGUAGAGAAAGGGAGGGUGGUUCCCCUUGGGGUGGUUGGACAGUGAUUCCCUGUUACCAUCCACCCAGCCAGCUGCUGUGGGGCAGUGGGAGACGCACCCAGGAGCUUGGGGUUAGGAGGGGAGUGUUGGUGGGGCUGAAGGAACACCAGGGUGCCUUAGGGAAGGGAAAGAGGCUGGAGUGGGUACCAAACCAAAGCCCUGUCCCUGAAGCUUUAGCAGAGGUGGGAGCAGAACGGGAAACAGAUGUUUCCACCAGAGACCCCAGGUGAGGCUGAAGUGUCGCCAAGCCAGGGCCCAGAUGGCUCUCCGGGGCCAGGAAGCCAUCACAGCAAGGAUGUCUGUAGUUUGCUCUCACCCACGUCUGGCAACUUGGCUUUAGCCUUCGGGAGGAGGCUGAAGCAGAGAUGGUCUGUUCCCAGAUCGGUCUCUUGGUCCCUGAAAGACGCUGAGCUUUGAGCGGCCCACUGAGGCACUCCUCCCCCAGCCGUGCCUGGACCAGAGGGAUCUGGCAUCAUCUGGUUUCCUUUGCCUGGUGUGGGACUAUCUCAGGAGAGGCCAAGGCAGCUCCAACCUAGUGGGGGUUCAGAGCACUGCUUGCUCAAGUCCUUCCGGGUCUUGGGAUGUGUAAACUUUCCUCUCUGGGGACCAGUACCCAUGGAGGAAAACACCAUGGGUAGGAUCAAGAUCUUUUUCAGGCCUGCUAUAGCCAAGAAGUUGAGAGCUUUUAGACAAGGCUGUAGGGAAAAAUUCUUUGGCCACCUUUUGAAGUUCCUACUUGGGCACAGGGGAAUCACCCUUCUUCAGCCUCCAGCGUGAACUGAGAAAGGGAAACGCUCUCUCUGGAGAAGCUGGGACCUUCCCAGCACGAGGAACUUCCGCAGGCCCCUGCCUGGCUCAGGGCUAGCCUUCGGGUGGGACUGGAGUUUCCUGAGAAGGGAACAGGGAGCCACAGUCCUCCCCUGAGCUCUGACCAGCAGAGGGCCUAUGCUGUGUGUCAUUACGAUAGCUUGGUGUUGUCUACACCCCGUUAGUAAGUUCCGUCUGAACGUGUCCUCGCCGUUCAUCGUCCGAGUUGGUAACAUUGAUUUCGGUCCUGACCCCUUCUGCUGCUGCUGGGUUUGAGCUUCAGUGCAGGUGGAAUGACAUUCAAAUAAAGAAACA